GUGGAUCGUACAAUUUUCCGUAUCAAGCGUAAUUCAAGGGUCUAGAUCAUUUUUUACGCUUCUUAUCUUUAACUCCUAUUCUUAUACUAUCCUUCGUCUAAUGUGAUUUACAUGAACGAUCAAUGAAGGGUAUGCAAAGUAGCGUGAAUUACUUUGUGAUUUUAGUGUAAAAUCACUUAUGAUUCGACUAUUUUCUUGAUCUUUUAAAGAUCUUGUUGCAAACCUCUUUUCCGUUGUUAACUAGGUUACAAAGGAGAAUGCGACAUGUGUCUUCAUUUAUUCUUGUUCAUAACCAAUAUGCACUUGUUACUAUAUUCAUUAUGAAUGUUACGUAAUUCAUUGAUAAUUGUCUCGUGAACAAAUGGGACACCUGUCGUCCCAUAUGGAUAAAUAAUUUCACAGGGAUUCAUGUUUUAAGCUGAAUACAAAGUUAUUGGGUAAUCUUGUUGCUUUGACAAGUUUACGAGAGCAUGAGAGGAGGUAAGGUAUCAUUAUCUUACAGGAAAGGACUAAAGUGUAACAUUUUCAUAUCUCCGCUGGUCGCUUUCAUCACCGGCCUCCUCCUCGUUCGCUAUGGCUUUGGAAGGAGGAGGGACACUAUCGGAGCUGUAUCAGAGAUCCAGGCGGUUGUUGUUGAAAACUAGAGAUGAUUUGGAGAGGCUCGAGCGGCUUGAGUUUUCUUCAUCGGCGGGUGCCGUCGACUCGCCGGAACUAUCAGUUGCCGUCCGGAGGGAUGUCGCUCAAAUCCAAACUCUUUGUUCCGAGAUGGAUGGACUUUGGCGAUCCAUUGCGUCAAAGCCCCAGAGAGAUCUCUGGAAGAGAAAAGUGGAGCAAGUAGCCGAAGAGGCUGAGUCUUUGAGAGAAAGUUUAGAUAGGUAUAUGCAGCGACAUCAAAGAAGGAUGCAAGAAGCACAAGAGAGGGCAGAAUUGCUUGGAAGAGCUAAUGGGGAAUCAUCUCAUGUUUUGCGAAUUUUUGAUGAGGAGGCACAAGCAAUGCAGUCUGCCCGUAACUCCUCUCGGAUGUUGGAAGAGGCAUCUGCAACUGGAGCAGCCAUUCUUGCUAAAUACUCUGAACAAAGAGACCGCUUGAAGCAUCUUUAUGAAAUCACUGCCAAAAACAUCUUUUUGGGCCCUUGUUAGUGCGAGCAUGGUAAGCAUUUAGCAAAGAACCCGUUUUCAACUUGCAAUCUUUAAUAUUGUGCUCCUUUACCCCGGGGACCUCCGAGGCUCCGACAUUAAAGCCUUUUUAUGUGGAAUUGUGCCAGGGAGGUGGUUGUUAGCCAAUCUUUAUUUCUUAGGCCUUUUUAUGCUGUCUCCUAGGUAAACUCAGUUCUAUACAUGAUUCCCUACCUGCCACCAGUUGAUCUUUAAAUUAAAUUCUGAAAACGCUACCAAUGGUGCCUUGUUGUUCUAUUGCAGGAGUAUGCUGAUAAAUAGAUGUUCAAAAGCUAAAAAAUAAAAAUUCCUUUAAUUACUGGCAAAGUAAACACCCCAUUGCCAUGUGGCAUAAAUGCCAGUCCAUGGUGAAGUAAAUCAGUGGGACGUAUGAUCUUUCUUUCGUCAACUAGCCACCAGCUUUGGUCCUGUAUCGCCAGUUGAAUACCUAUUUGUAUAGUUUAACUUCUACAGUACAAUAUAUCUGGUUUCUAAAUGAAUCCUGAUGGUCUUCUUUCCGAAUCUGGAUUUAGAUUUGUGGACAUGAUGAUCA